AGAGUUUACGUCGAACAUGGAACCAGCUGCCUCGUUGUCAACGCAAUCUCAUUAUAAUGGGAAUUUCCACGGUUUUAGUUUUUUCAUGGUUUUUAUUUUUGCCUGGUGAUCAAAUUGUGGCUGAAUCACGCAAGUCAUAUGCCGCUGGUGGAGGUGUGUUCCCAUUUCACGCUGGUCGCGAAGUAUCAAAUUUGCAGGAAAAUGAGAAUAAAAAUGCAGCUUCGCACAAAAUUUUAGCCAAUGAAGAAAGUGAAACUAAAAGUAAUAUUGAACCUGAAGCAGCUGGCAUACCAGAACACAUAGAGGCUCCAGUUGAGUCUAAUAUCUUACCAUUGGAGACUUUAGACAAGGUAGAAGAUGCCCCUAAAACGAAUUUACAACUGAACAGAUUCGAUGAAAAAAAUAAUAUAAAUAUACAAGAAAUAAAUUUGAAUAAUAAUGUUGAAUCAGUUGCUGAAGUGCAAAGUGAAAGGGAUCAUACGAUUAUUGAAAAAGCCGUACAAGAUCCAAUGAUAUUACCUGAUACAAAAGGCUUAACAAUAGAUGAUUUUCUUAAGAAUAUUUCAACAGCAAUUGUAGCGCAAAAACAACACUUCCAUGGAGCUACAAAUGAAAGACAAAUCGCUGUGGUAGCCGCAUUCAAGCAUUCAUGGGAUGGCUACCGCAAAAAUGCGUGGGGUCUUGAUAAUUUGAAACCGAUUUCGCAGACAGGAUACGAUUGGUUUGGACUUGGACUAACUCUAGUAGACUCAUUAGAUACCAUGUAUAUAAUGGGUUUAGAAGACGAAUUUUUGGAGGCAACUAAUUGGGUAAAUGAAAAACUCAAUUUUGAUAAGAAUCGAGAUGUGAAUCUCUUUGAAGUGACCAUACGUGUACUGGGAGGUUUAUUGUCGGCCUAUCAUUUGAGUGGUGAUAAAGUAUUUUUGAAAAAAUCGGUGGAACUCGGUAAUCGUUUGCUGCCUUGUUUUCUGUCACCAUCGGGAAUUCCUUAUUCAGAUGUUAAUCUGGCUUCUUUAUCGGCUCACUCACCUAAAUGGUCUCCAGACAGUUCUACUAGUGAAGUUACAACAAUUCAGUUGGAAUUUCGAGAUCUGAGUCGUUCCACCAAUGUACCAAUUUAUGAAAGAUUGGUAGAGACUGUAAAUGAGAAAGUACAUGCACUUGAUAAAAAUAAUGGUCUGGUGCCAAUAUUCAUAAAUGCUAAUACUGGAACCUUUCGAAAUUAUGCCACCAUAUCCUUGGGUGCGCGUGGUGAUUCCUACUACGAAUACCUCUUAAAGCAGUGGAUACAAACCGGACGCAAAGAAAACGAUUACCUCGUUUUAGAUUAUUUACGUUCCAUUGAUGGUGUUAUGACGCAAUUAAUGCGACGUACACCCAAAGAGCAGCACGUCUUUAUCGGCGAACUUAUUAAUGGCAAAGAAUUUAAACCAAAAAUGGAUCACUUAACGUGUUAUUUGCCUGGCACGUUAAUACUGGGGCAUAAGUAUGGUAUGCCUGAUUCGCACUUGAUACUGGCUAGAGACCUGCUAGAGACCUGUUAUCAAACUUACAUGAAACAGCCUACCCAACUAGCACCAGAAAUAUCGUAUUUUGCUGUUAGUGAAAAUGAAGAGCACGAUAUUUAUGUGAAGCCAAAUGAUGCACAUAAUUUGCUGCGCCCGGAAUUCAUAGAAAGUUUGUACUAUUUUUAUGCAUUAACCGGCAAUCGGACCUAUCAAGAUAUGGGUUGGAACAUAUUUCAAGCAUUUCAAAAGCACACUAAAGUUGCUAAUGGUUAUACAUCCAUUGGGAACGUUAAAAAUGUGUUGAACACAAGACUGCGUGACGUAAUGGAGAGCUUUUGGCUCGGCGAAACACUUAAGUACUUUUAUUUAUUAUUUAGUGACAAUCGAAAAGAAAUAGAUUUGGAAAAAUGGGUUUUUAAUUCGGAAGCACAUCCGUUACCUAUACGGAAACAUUAGCUCCAUGAAGAUGGUGUAAAUAUAUUUACAUUUGAAAUAUUUUUUGUACUUGGCAGCAUAACUAAGCAAAUUUUGUAAAAGCUAUAAUUACUCGCGAGCAAUGUUUAUAAGUUUAUAUGUUUAUAUGUUCAUAUUGCUUUUAGAUGUGAAUAAGCGCAACUAUAUUUCUAAUGUUAUAGCAUUAAUAAACAGGUCAUAGGUAAUGGACAGUAAUAUAGGAAUUUUAAGAAAUAAACGAGUUCAUUGUAUAAGUAUGUAGUUACCUUUACGCCACUCGCUUUUAUCUAAUAUAUUAGACUUGAAUCUUUUGUAAAUGUUUCAGUAUAUGACAUUAUUAUUAAUUAUAUUUAUUUAUUAACAACGCAUCCCACUAAGUUAUUAAUUUAGUAGAAUUAAAAUCUUAGCUUAAAUGCCAAAUGUCAUUUGUUUAGUAAAAACAAAAAGCGUUUAGUUUAAAAAUUAAUCAUUAUGUUACUAUAUUUAAUAUAUUUUAUUGCGAUUUAUGAUAUUAUAAAUUAAAAAAAAAAAAUAUUGUAAAAAUUGCUCUCAUACUUAUGUUACGUUAAAGCACUGAAAAUAUUAUUGAUAAUCGUCGUAGUUCAUAUUUAUGGAAACAAUACAAAGUGAAAACUAUUGUAAUUUAAAUUGUUUAAUUUGUAUUUGUUAGUAA